ACAAAGGAAUCGUUUUUUUACCGAUCAGGUCUGUCCCGGCAAAGUUGUGUCCAUCAUGACCUGGGAAGGUUCCAAUCCCAGUUUGAAGUCCGUCUUGCUGAAUUCCCACACGGACGUCGUACCAGUUUUCCAGGAACAUUGGAAGUACGAUGCUUUCAGUGCUUUCAGGGAUGCAGAGGGCAACAUUUAUGCCCGGGGAUCACAGGACAUGAAAUGUGUGACUAUACAGUACAUCCAGGCAGUCAGAAGACUGAAGGAGGAGGGACGGAAACUGAUGAGGACUGUGCACCUAACAUUUGUUCCUG